GUCGAAAGCCUUCGCGGCGAGCGGACGCGGGCAUUCUGAUAAUAAGUGUAGCGCGCGCCGGAGCGGAAUUUAAAGCGAUGUCUACGUGCCGUGUGGCGGCGUGCGUGGCCGCGCUGGCGGCCAUGAGCUGCGCCCUGCCCCACAGCGUGUUCGCGCUGGACCUCAACCGUCUCUAUGGGCACCACACCAAGCGCUCUGAAUACUGCCAUCCAUACGAGCCUUUCAAAUGCCCGGUGGAUGGUAACUGCAUCUCGAUUCAAUACUUGUGCGACGGCGCUCCCGACUGUAUCGACGGAUAUGACGAAGACUCCAAGCUUUGCACUGCUGCAAAACGCCCUCCGGUGGAAGAAACCGCUUCGUUCUUGCAGUCGCUGUUGGCUUCCCACGGUCCCAACUACUUGGAGAAACUGUUUGGAAGUAAAGCCAGAGAUGCGCUGGAGCCGCUGGGCGGUGUAGAAAAAGUCGCCAUUGCUCUAUCGGAAUCCCAAACCAUUGAAGACUUCGGCGCUGCUCUACACCUGAUGCGAUCCGACCUGGAACACCUGCGCUCCGUGUUCAUGGCGGUUGAGAACGGCGACCUCGGCAUGCUCAAAUCCCUCGGCAUCAAGGACUCCGAGCUUGGCGACGUCAAGUUCUUCCUGGAGAAGCUGGUCAACACCGGCUUCCUCGAUUGAAUAGCACCGGAGUCUGCCUCUGAUUACUACCAUGUCGUUCAAUUCGCUCCUCUCAGCUCCUCCUUCUAUAGCUACCUGCCCUACGACCCUUUCAAGUAUAGGAGAAAGUAAUUUCCCUUCUCCCAUUACCCAGUGAGAAAGUGUGUGUGAGAUCCCAUUCCAACGAGAUGAGUGAUGCAACCGGAACUCUACAACCGGCCACGUAGACCAUUACGGCUGCUUCGUCCACAUCUCGUGUUUAUUUAUUGUUUACGAAGGCUUAGGCGGUGGUAUUAAUUUUCUUGUAGGUAUACUAUAUUUUUGUAUACACGCUUCAUUAGGUCUAUAUGAUUUUGUCAGGGUGAGGUACUCGCGUCCUAUCAUGUAGGGUUUUCGGUACGAAGUAUUAGGAUUCCUUCGAUUGACUGUGUUUAGAUGGUGAUGCCCUGCGUGAUGACCCUGACAGUUAUUACCGUGUGAUGUGAACUAUGUGUCGCCCCAACCCAUUCUCUUCUACCCACAACUCUUAUCAGAGGCGACUCCGACGAAACGAAAUGCGUCCAUUCUAAGCGAGAUAUAAAGCUGACGGUCGAUGUGUUGAAGAAAUGUCCUUAGAUAUUAAGAAUCGGUGAAAGAAUGCAUGCGCUUUAUAUCUGGCUUUUGGAAAAUAUCCAAAUAGGACCACGGAUACAUAUCAAUAUAAUCUUAGAUCGUAGGAUGUAAUACAUAUCAUAGAUAAAUACAGUAGCGUAUAAAGUACAAUUAUUUUAAUAUGAUCGUUAUUGUAGUGUUUAAACAUUUUAUAGACCCUUUUAGUAGGAACAUUUACGUCAUAUCAAUUGGAAUCAUAGUCUCAACGGUGCUGCACUGAAAAUCCAAAACAUAUCAAAUUUAUGUGAUUAAUGUUAGAUUAUUUAAAUUAAGCGUAGUCGGUGAAAUGUAGGUAGAUAUUACGUUCACUUAGCGUCUAAAUAUUCACAUUAUCACGUGAUUUUUCGAUCUUACACUUGAUGUCUAUCGUAAUAAACUUUUGUCAAAUGCGGGCUAAGGAGACAACGAAUUAAUGUAUCAAAAUUGAUAUCGUGUCAUUAAAAUUACGAUUUGGUACACGAAAUAUUGGCAAAGGAUUCGAAACACUGAGAGGACUAGAAAAAACAAAAUUUUAAUCAAAAGCAAUUUAAAAUUAGAAUGCGUUCUUAAAAAUUUUAACGAAGCUGAAAUAUUUUGUGGCAUUUUAAACCAAUGUUGCCAUAUCUUAAAUAUCUAUAUUGAAUAGUAGGAUUACCGAAACUACGGACUACAUAUGUUAUGAGUACCUAUUUAAAGACAACAGAUUUCAGUAUCAACAUAUUCUGAUGUUCAAAAAUGCAGCCUGUAUUUGUCAGAAGUUAAAGUACUUAUAUAAUCCGUUUAGAUAUUUCCAAGCGCCAAAUCCUGAGUCACAACUCUGUGUACCAGUAGGUAGGUCCCUCUUCGUUUAGUCGUAUAAUUGCAAUUACGUAGAUAGUAAGUCGAUUUUUAAUGAUAUAUUAUAAUUUUAACUUGCGUCAGAUGUCUAUUACGUCUAAUAUGGCGAUCUUCGAGCUGUUUAGAAAACGUUUUAAACUAAGUAUAUAUGGCUUAUUGUUCUUAAUAAACCAAUAAAUGAAUCAUCUUGAA